AUGAGGAACCUGCGCAACAUCGGGCAGAGCGUCUUCCGCAGGCCGUACCCCUCCGCGCCCUCGUCGGCCGCGUGCUGGGAUGUGGCGCGGGACGAGGUGAUUGUCGCGUGCGGGCCGCGCGCCGAGGAUGCCCGUAUCGAGCUGCUGCGGGUGGCCAAGGAGGGGGAUAACUCUGCUUUUUCACUAUCUGAACCCAUCGCCUCGUGGGACGUCCCUCCCAGCGAGGACGCCAACCACCAUGCCACCAUCCGCAGCAUGCACCACUUCAGCGACACCCAAACAACCUGUGUGAUCAUGUCCAACGGCGACAUCAUCACCGUCAUCGAAGACGACGACAACCAGGACUUCGAAGCCAAAGGCCAAGCCCACGUCGAAAUCGUCGGCACCCUCACCCCCUCCAUAACCGCCGCCCGCUGGUCCCCCGACGAAGAACUCCUUGUCCUCGCCACCGGCGACGCCAAACUCGUCUUCAUGAGUCGCACCUUCGACGUCAUCACCGAAACCCCGCUUACCCCGGACGACCUCCGCUUAUCCAAGCAUGUGUCUGUCGGCUGGGGCAAGAAGGAAACGCAGUUCCACGGGCGCGGGGCUAAAGCCACCGCCCGGGCUGCCACCGCUGCAGCCGGUGCGGCCGCGACGAAGGGUGGUAACAUCCUUCGGGACCCGACGAUCCCAGAGACCGUGGACGAGGGCGUGCGGAGUGAGCGGGACGAUGGCCGGUGCUCGAUUAGUUGGCGUGGAGACGGGGCGUAUGUCGCCGUGAACUAUCUCCAGCCUGGUGUGCGCAGGGUGGUAAGGGUGUAUAACCGGGAUGGGGAGUUGGAUAGUGUGAGUGAGCCGGUGGAUGGGCUGGAGGGGGCGUUGAGUUGGCGGCCGGAGGGGAAUUUGAUUGCGGGUGUGCAGCGGGUCAAGGGAUCGGAGUCGGAAAGGGUGGACGUGGUAUUUUUUGAGCGGAAUGGGUUGCGGCAUGGGCAGUUUACGCUGCGGGUGCCGGUGGGGGAUGGUGCUGCGGACGCGCUGGACGAGGUAGACCUACAGUGGAAUGCGGACUCGACAGUGCUGGCGGUGGUGCUGCAGGAUCGGGUGCAACUGUGGACGAUGGGGAACUACCACUGGUACUUGAAGCGGGACAUUCCCUGCAGCCGGUACCAACCACACCGGCCCUUAUUCUCCUGGCACGCCGAGAAACCCCUCCGCUUCCUCACCACGGACUCAUACCAACUCUUCAUGCACGAAUACGCCUUCACCAUCUCGCGCGGCCCAACCCACGCUCCGUACGACCAUGGUGCCGUGGCGGUCAUUGACGGCCACACGCUCAAAUUUACCCCUUUUCGCACGUGUAACCCCCCGCCGCCCAUGGCCAUGUGUGAGCUGGAGUUACCGGCGCCGGCUAUCGACGUGGCGUUUACACCGGACGGUGAAGCCAUGGCGGUGUUGCACGGGGACGGAGUCAGUUACUUUGCACUAGAAGCGAAAGGGUCGCGGUUGCGUGUGCCGAGGUUGGUGGAGGUGGUGGAUUUUGGGAUAGGGGCGACCGGGUCGGAGUAUGAUCCGGCGUCGUUGUUACAGAUUGCCUUCUCUAGAGAGCGGGAGGCGCGGGUUUUGCAUAUGACGGUGUCUGGGUUGGAGCUGCUGCAGAGCGACUUCUCUGACCACCCAGAGAAUGAGCCAAAAGCCUGGAAUUGGUCCAAUCCGAGGUCCGCCGUGACUAUCACGUCCUCCGAUUCCGUUGAGGCCCCUGACGCGAUAAUCCAGCAUAGCUCGGGCCAGCUCAGCCGCAGUUCUGGCUGGACUUCCGGUUGGGAAAUUGUCCCGCUGUCUGUGCAGUUCCCGACUUUGCUGCCCUGGAUCAGCGUUGUUGUGCAUGACGGCGAGACGCUCGCGUUUGGCUUGUCACGGAACGGCCAGCUCUAUGCUAACGGCCGGCUGCUGGCUAAGAACUGCUCGUCGUUCCUGGUCACGGAUAGUCAUCUGGUGUUUACGACGGCGAAUCAUCUGGUCAAGUUUGUGCACCUGGCGUCUGAGAAGGACCUGGACGUCCCCCCCGACGACCCCGAGAACGAUGAACGCUGCCGCAGCAUCGAGCGCGGCGGCCGCCUGGUCACGGCCAUACCGACCAAGAUGGCCCUGGUGCUGCAGAUGCCGCGCGGUAACCUCGAGACGAUCUACCCGCGAGCUAUGGUGCUGGCCGGUAUCAGGAGGUUGGUCGAGCAGAAGGAGUAUGGCGUGGCGUUUGCCACCUGCCGGACCCAGCGCGUGGAUAUGAAUAUCUUGUUUGAUCACCGGCCGGAGCAGUUUUUGGAGGGGGUUGGGGGGUUUUUGGAACAGGUGGGGGAUCCGGCGAAUGUGGAUUUGUUUUUGUCGUCGCUCAGGGACGAAGACGUCACGCAGACCAUGUACCGCGACACCAAGACCGGUCAGCCCGUGGAUUUGGAGUCGAAACCCAGCAAACCCGGCAAGACCAACACCGUCUGCGAUGCGGUCCUCCAGACACUCCAGAAGCAGAAAAAGGCCAACCUGCAGAACAUCAUCACGGCCCAUGUGUGCAAGGUGCCGCCAGCGCUGGACGACGGCUUGCUCGUCGUGGCCGAGCUGAUGCAAGAGGACGACGCGGCCGCCGAGCGCGCCGUCGAGCACAUUUGUUUCCUGGCCGACGUCAACCAGCUGUACGACCACGCCUUGGGGCUGUACAACCUCGACCUGACCCUGCUCGUGGCCCAGCAGUCGCAGCGUGACCCCCGCGAGUACCUGCCCUUCGUCCAGCAGCUGCACAAGAUGCCCGAGCUAAACCGCAAGUUCACCAUCGACGACAAGCUCGAGCGCUGGGAGAAGGCCCUCGACCACCUCCAUGCCCUCCAUUCCCAAGGCGGCCCCUUCGCCGACGUCGAACAGUACCUCAUCAAGCACCCCUCCCUCUACCCCUACGCCCUCGACCUCUACCGCCACCAGACCUCUUUCUACCAGGAUAUCACCGCGCUCUUCGCCAACCACCUCAAAGCCACCUCCCGCUUCCAAGAAGCCGGCCUCGCCUUCGAGUCCCUCGGCCGCUACGCCGACGCCACCGACAGUUACCUCAAAGUAGGCGUCACCAGCUGGCGCGAAUGCCUCUUCACGGCCCAACAACAACCCGACUUCACCCCCUCCCAACUCACCACCCUCGCCACCUCCCUCGCCGACGCCCUCCUCGAAGCCAAAGACCACGCCUCCGCCGCCACCAUCCACCUCGACUACCUCGCCUCCGUCGACUCCGCUGUCACCCUCCUCUGCCGCGGCUACCUCUUCUCCGACGCCCUGCGCCUGGUUGCCUUACACCGCCGUCCCGACCUGCUCCCCACAGCUAUUGACACCGGCCUCGCCGACGCCUUCGCCACAACCACCGAGUUCCUCGCUGACUGUCGCGCACAGCUCCAAGCCCAAGUCCCCCGCAUCGCUGAACUCCGCCGCAAAGCCCGCGAGGACCCGUUAGCCUUUUACGAAGGGGAAAACCCCUUUGGCGCGCGGACUACCGCUCAAGACGCAGAUGGGAUGAUCCCAGAUGAUAUCUCCAUCGCCGCCUCAUCGGGGAUCAACACCAGCGCGAGUUUGUUCACGCGGUACACUGGAAAGGGGGCCGGGUCGGUCGGGACGGUCGGCACGGGUGUGUCCCGCGCGACGUCGAAGAAUAGGAGGAGGGAGGAGAAGAAACGGGCAAGGGGAAGAAAGGGGACGGUGUAUGAGGAGGAGUAUCUUGUGAAUUCGGUUAGGCGGUUGGUUGAGAGGGUUGCGGGAACUGUUUCUGGGACACAACGUCUAAUAUGGGGCCUCACACGCCGCGGCAUGGGCGAACGCGCCCGCGCCGUCGAGGAGUUAGUCGCUGGUGUCUUGGAUGGGUGUAGGAAGGCUGUCGAGGAGGUUUGGCCUUCUUCUACCCAUCCCACUGUUACUCCCACUACCAACGCUGGUAAUGGGACAGGCCAGGGAGGAGAAACAGAGGAGAGGGACCCCGCGGUGGAAGGAUAUCGGCCGGGAGGUGGAGAUGGGGUGUUGUUUGAUAGCUUGGAAGCCAUGCGGGCCGCGCAGACGCCGCCUGUUGUGCCAGGGUUUGGGAGGUUGGUUUUGUUGGGGAGGGGGAGGACCUGA